UCCGGCGCCACCUCACACUUUCCUGAUGCUCAUGGCUCCUUUUCCGGCAGGGUCAGAAAAUGACGGGCUUCAGUGAAAAGCCAAUUUUGAUAGAUGGCCGUGGCCAUUUGCUCGGCCGCCUGGCGGCUAUCAUCGCUAAAACGAUCCUUCAGGGCAACAAAGUCAUCGUUGUUCGCAGUGAACAACUUAAUAUUUCCGGAAACUUUUUCAGGAAUAAAUUGAAAUUUAUGUCUUUUCUACGAAAGAGGUGUAAUGUUAAUCCAGCACGUGGACCGUUCCACUUCCGGGCACCCAGCCGAAUUUUAUGGAAGACAGUGCGUGGGAUGAUCCCACACAAAACACAAAGGGGAAAGGAUGCCUUAAGGAGGUUGAAGGUUUACGAAGGUUGCCCACCACCUUAUGAUCGCAGAAAACGUGUUGUCGUCCCAGGAGCUAUGAGAGUUAUAUGCCUCAAGCCUGGCAGAAAGUAUUGUCAUGUUGGACGUUUGUCACAUGAAGUGGGAUGGAAGUACAAGGCUGUUGUACGUACUCUGGAGAACAAGAGGCGUGUUAGAGCCAUUAUGGAAGUUCAGAAGAGGGACAAGCUUAAGAAACUUACCAAACAAGCAGGAGAAGCAGUUGCUCAGAGAGCAGCACCGUACACGAAAAUCAUUAAUGGUUAUGGUUAUAAUUAGAGCGUGUUAUAUAAGGGAGAAUAAAGCCUUGUCCAGAAAAUAAAUUGGGUUCAUUUUUUAAUGAUA